AGUAUAAAUUUUAUAUCAUUUCAUUUGUUAUACUUUAUUUAUGUAAACAUAGUGAUUUAUGCUUUUAUGACUUUUGUUUUACUUGUAGAUGUAGAACCUAAACGGGUUAGAGGUCCAACAAGAAUGCUAGAUGUAUGGGAGAUGGAAGAUGGUGAUGUCAUAAUUGUUCGUUUGGACAACCACGGUCGGCCCAUUGGGAAUGAAGCAACAACUCUAACUCGUUUCAUAGGUAGUGUGGUUAGAAGACAUCAAUAUGCUCCAAUCAGCUACAAUUCAUGGAAAGAUAUGCCAACGAGUUUCAAAGAAGAAAUGUUGAAAUUGAUAGAGAGAAAAUUUGAGUUUGUUCCUCCAAUAAAUGACUCAACAAGAGAAAUGAUAAAAUUUGAGUUGAAUGAGAAGUGGAGGCAAUGGAAAAGUGAUUUAAAGUCAAAGGCAUAUGAUCCAAGUAAGACAGAAGAUGAAGUUGCAACUGCAAUACCUGAUGAUAGGGUUGACCCAAAUCAAUAUCGUGAUUUGGUUCAUCGUUGGUUUUCUAAUGAAGGACAAAUAAAAAAGAGCAAAGGAGUGGUACCUAGACGUGAAGAGAUUUAUGUUGAAACUCGUACUCGUAAAGAUGGGUCAAUUGUCAAUGAAAAGGCUGCAAGAGUGAUUGAAGAAUUGAGCAGAUAUAGUAAUGAGGUUGGAACAUCUCAAUCACUCCAAAACACACAAGGUUCUGUGUCUUGGAAGUAUGAUUUAUUUUCUCAAGUACAAGGACCUUCUAAGAAGGGACAUGUGCGAUGUAUGGGCAAGUUUCCUAAAUCCAAAAUAUCAAAAGUUUCUAUGUCUGAAAAUGAAGAGUUACGUGAUAGAGUUAAUCAUAUGGAAAAUUUAUUGGCAAAUAUUAUGACCUUGAUUCAAAAUCGUUUUUCUGGAGAAGAUGUGAAUGACAUAAUCCAAGCUGCGCGACAGAUUCCCGAUGCUUCUAGUGCUCCUAAUAAUUUGAAUUCUCCUAGUUCAAACAACAAUGAAGAUAAUGAAAAAGGUGAAGAUUAAAAGCUAUUUUGUUGAUGAGGAUAAAGUUUUGGCAAUUAGGUGGACGUGAUUUUCUUAAUUUUUUUGAGAUGAUUAUAUAAGACUUUGUUAUGUUAGUAAGACAAUCUUGUUUAUGAUUAGUAAAUACUCUAAAGUUCUCUCAUUUGAAAAUGGUUUAACUAUUUUCAAUUUCAUAUAUGUUUGUAAGACUUAUGUUAAUUUUGAAUAUAUGAUGUUGAACUUUCA